AUGGGUUUCAUUAACCGAAAGACUGCCGCUCUCGGUCUUCUCGCUGUGGGCAGCCAUGCUGCUCCCCAGGCCGCUACCCCAACUGCUGAUGCCCAGGCGGCACCCGCGACUUACACGGCGAACCCCAACGUUGGCCCUGGUGGCAGCAGUUUCAAGGAUUCCGCUCACUUCCGCGUUUACGGUGGAAACGCAAACGAUGUCAGCCAGGCUAUUGACAUGCUGGAGGGAGCGUACGACUGUUUGGUUGGAACUCUCAAGUGGCGCUCUCCCGGUCUGUCUUUUAACGACGUUGAGGGUACUGGCGAGCACUACAAGACCAACAUUUACUCUGUUGGUACUCUCGAGAAUGCCGCUGGUGUGAUGCACUCUGACUACGAGACCGGGCUGGCCUGGCUCGAGGUCGUUAAUGAGUAUCUGGCUGUUCCUGGCGUCACCGUUCACGAAUAUGGCCACGGCCUUCACUACCACCAGCGCACCUGGGUUGACCAGGGCCGAACUGGCGCUUGGUGGGAGACCCUCGCUAACUGGGUUGCUGAUACCUACAAGACCUCUGACAUCUGCGCCGAUGCCCGAUCCAAGCAUAACCAGGAGACUUCCGCCACUGAGAUCGAGCUGAACAAGGUCCUUGGCGACUCUCACCAGGUCAUUGUCGACGGAUCCGUCAACACUGGUAACUACUACCAGGCCUGGCCUUUCUUCACCUAUCUCACCAACAACCCGGAUGACUUUGCCGGCCUCGGCCAGGACACGCUGCGACAGCUUAUGGUCCAGUACCAGGAGGGCAGCAACGAGACUCCUCUCCACACGCUCGCCCGCGUCUCCCAGAACGCCACCAUCGGCGAUAUUGUCGGCCGCUACUGGGCCCGCAUGGCCUACGUCGACAUCGGCCACCCCUCUGCUCAGGAAGUCUUCUUCAACCAGCGCGAGACUAUCAACUUUGCCAACGUCGAGGCUUCCGGAAACGGCUACAAGCCCAAGGCUGACCGUCAGCCCCGAUACAUGGGCGCCAACAUCAUUCCCUUGACCGUCUCUGGCAGCGAGGUCCAGGUCAAGGUGACCUCUGAUGCCGAGUUUGUCGCCACCGUCGUUGUCUACCGUGAGGGCGGUGAGUCGUCUUACGUUACCCUCACCAACGGCGCUGCCACUGUUCCCGUCAAGACCGGUGAGCAGGUCAGCGUUGUUGUGGCUAACGCUCCUGCUGAGCCUAUCCUCUACGACGGCUUCAACCUGAGCGACGAGGUUUCCAAGGGUCUGGACUACACCCUUGAGGUUACCGGCGCCACCGUUCAGGUUUAG